AUGGCAGGUUACGCGCUCAAGAGGUUGAUGACAGAGUACAAAGAAUUGACGAAUAGACCACCUGAGGGAAUUCUCGCUGCACCACUAGAAGAAGAUAACUUUUUCGAAUGGGAAUGUCUUAUUACUGGUCCAGAGGAUACAUUCACUUGUGAACUUUUUCAUCCCAAUAUCUACCAAGAUGGGCGAGUAUGCAUUUCAAUUCUGCAUGCUCCUGGCGAUGAUCCGACUGGGUAUGAAAGUUCAUCUGAAAGAUGGAGUCCGGUUCAGUCAAUUGAGAAGAUUCUGCUCAGUGUUGUUAGUAUGUUAGCUGAACCGAAUGACGAAUCUCCUGCAAACGUCAACGCCGCUAAAAUGUGGAGAGAAGAUAGACAACAGUUCGAGAAAAUUGCCGAUAACCUUGUACGGAAAACUCUUUGUCUGCCACAAUCAGAGUCAUGA